AUGAGUCACCAAUACGCGCACAAGCGACCGAACGUCUUUGGCGACGACGACGAUCCGAACGCGGCCAGUCCAAAGAGGAUCAAGCAGGCGUCAGUGCAGCAGGUAGCAAGCAGGUGUCCCACUAAGAAGAAUGCCAACUGACUUGUUCUGAUGUGUACUGUCUCUGCUCUGGAUGCGAAUGUGACUUGAUGGGUGCGAACGAUGUGGUUGGGAAUCUUGCAGCGGCGCAGUCAGUCCUACAGCCUACACCGAGCAGAGACGAACCAAAGCUGACUCACACGUACUGCAUCUCCCCACAGAGAGGAACACCUUCGUACCUCCCUCCAUCAGAGGGUGCAGCAGCCGCCACGCCAGCCGCUCCCCCGGCGCAGGCUCCUCCCUCGAAUGGCCACCGCACCACCACCAGCAGCAGCAGCGGUAGUAGUAGCGCCUACACCGCACCCAUCGCCAGUCCACGCACCACCUCCACCGCCCCGCCCGUCGCCUUGGACCUGAUCGCCGCCAAGCAGGCCGAGAUUCGAGCCAAACUCGCCGCAAUGCGAGCCGGUCAACCGCUCAGCUCUUCCGCUGCCAUCCCCGGUCGUCCGAAUGCGCCUCCCCCUACUUCAGCUGCCGUGCCUCCCAAACCCCCCAUCGCGAUCCCGCUGGGUGCUCAACCCAACCUCGAUCCUGAUUUGGCGAAAAAGAUCGCGGAUGCCAAGAAACUGGUCGAGGCGAUGGCCGCUAAAAAGAGGGCGGCCCAGGCCCCCGUGGUGAACCCUUACCUGGUCGGUGCCACUCCACUUUGCACGAUUGUAGAACUCUAGCUGACCCUUGGGUCUUUUCAGUCGGGUGGCACCAUCACCCAGUUACCGAGGACACUGGCGGCAGCGAACGACGUCGACGCGAGCUCGGGCGGACGUGGUGGGCUGGCCGUCGCGGCUCAUCCUCUCCUGAUGGACCUCGGCAAAGCAUCGACGACGACCGAGACGAACAGAAAGGACCGCUACAAGCCCAUGGCACCCAAGUUCUCCAGUGUCAAGGUGAGUUUUGGCGACCCAGUGGAGAUCUGAAUGGCGUGCUGACCUCUCUUCGUGUCCUCUCUCUCGUAUAGGCGAACGCCUCCCUCCCCAGCUCGUCCUCCUCCUCUCGAUCCUCCAACACGGGUCCUCUAGCCUCGACCUCCUCCACUCCGAUCCCGGACUCGAUCGUCGACACGCCCUUCUUCGACCCGUCCCUUGCCCACCGAUCCGCCGGCACGUCGGGUCGAUCCCACAUGGGUCGGGGGCACGUGCGCGAAACGCUCAAGUUCAACCAAAAAGGCAAAUACAUCAAGAUGGGGGAAGCGCAGAGGGCCGAAGCGAGGAUGGAGGACUUGAAGAGGAGGAUCUUGGAGAGUGCUAAAGCGGCGGGUAUUGAAGGGGAGAUGGAGGACAAGGCCAAGUUGGUCAAGGUGAGCUUUCUUCAAACGAUCAGGUGUUGGUUUGGAUGCCUUACGGGGUGGCUGAUUCUUUGAGCUCUCCUCACAGCGCCCUCCUCCACCCGAUAUCGAAUGGUGGGACGCCCCCUUCCUCCCCUCCAAAACCUACGACUCCUUCUCCCCGCAGUUCCUCUCCGACGCUUCCAACUCCCCCUCUUCAACCCUCGUCACGCAUUACGUCCACCACCCGAUCCAAAUCCCCGCCCCUCAGGACAAGAUCAAAGUCGAAGCCAAGCCGUUGUUUUUGACGAAGAAAGAGAUGAAGAAGAUGAGGAAACAGAGGAGGAUGGCCGAGCUCAAGGAUCGUCAGGAUCGGAUCAAGAUGGGGUUGUUGCCGCCUGAUCCACCCAAGGGUCAGUUCCAUCAUCGUUGGAAGAUGCGAAGAUUUCCAGGGGGUGUUUUCUUCUGAGACUGAUCAAAGAGUAUCUUUGUUUUCCGCGUCUUCCCCGCAGUCAAACUCUCCAACAUGAUGCGCGUCCUAACGCAAGAAGCCGUCCUGGACCCGACCAAAAUCGAGAACAAAGUCCGACGCGAAAUGGUCGCGCGCGAACGCACCCACCUCAAAGCCAACGCCGAACGUAAACUCAGUCCCGAAGAACGUCGAGCCAAGAUCGAAGCGCAGGCUCUAGCGGAUGAACAAAAAGGGAUCGGAGCGAUGUGUUUCAAGAUUCGUUACCUGACCAACCCUUCGCAUCGGUUCAAGGUCAAGAAGAAUGCGGUCGACGAUCAUUUGACUGGGGUGGUGGUGCAUAACCCUAAAUUCUGUUUGGUCGUGGUCGAAGGGGGACAUAAGGGGUUGAAGCAUUAUAAACAACUCAUGUUGAAUCGCAUCGAUUGGACGGAGGAUGCACGACCUCGCGAACUACCCGAGGGGAUCGACGAUCCGAAAGACUUCAACUCCUCUGGACUACCUAAAGCAGGCACCACGACCUUCGCGCCCGAAGAUGCGCCGACGAGUCUAGCGGACAACUAUUGUACCCUCAUAUGGGAAGGUCAACAUCGGGAGAGGUUGUUCAGGGAUAUGAGGCAUGCGAAUUGCCCCGCGGAGAACAACGUCAAGGACGUGUUGGGCAAGAAGUUGGAAGGCUUAUGGGAUGUGGCCAAGAUUGAGGUCAAGGAGGAGGAGUAG